AGAAAUAUACAAUUCGUUUAAUUUGGAGCCAAAGCAAACCUUUGAAGAAGUCCUAAAGAAAUUUAAUGCAUAUUUCAUUCCUAAAGUUAACAUCACGAUGCAACGCCACAAAUUUUUUACAAGGGCACAAGGAGCUACAGAGUCCUUCGACGAUUUCCUUACUGACCUUCAGAACAGAAGUAUGACAUGCAACUUCAGUGACAAGAGAGAGGAACUCGUGAGAGACGUUAUCGUUAUAGGUCUAGCUAAUACCGCUAUGAAGGAGAGGCUUCUGCGCACGGAGGAUCUGACGCUGCAGAAGACCAUCACCAUGUGCAGAGCUGCGGAAUUGUCUCAAAAGCAAGUUACGGAACUAACGAAUGAGAUAGCUGCCACCUCCGUGCUCAACGUCAGCACUGCGCCAGUACAUAACGUCAACAAUGUCAAUACUUCAAAAACAAGAAGCGUCAAGACAAGAAAAUGCUAUCGCUGCGGCAAUAACUGGGAUCGCACGCAUCAAUGCCCAGCUAUAGGUUGCAAGUGCCAGAAGUGUGGUAUUCCUAAUCAUUUUGCGAAGGUUUGCAGAAACAAACAGGUUGCAGCCAUAACAGAGAAGCAGGUCGAAGACGACAGCGAGGAGUCCUUCUUCGUUGGCUGUAUCAACAGUGAGUGUGAAUGCGAAUGAAAAUGCAAUUCCCAGAGCCGAUCCACCUCGUCGGGUCCCUAUAGCACUAAGACAGAGCCUUAAGGACGAGUUGGACAAUAUGGUGAGACAGCAAAUAAUCACCAAAAAUGAGGAUCCGAUGGAGUGGGUCAACUCAUCUGUUGUAACAAAAAAGAAGAACAAUAAAAUACGCGUAUGUAUUGACCCUCGGUAUUUAAAUAAAUUCAUUAUCAGAAAACACAAGCAAUUGCCAACGGUUGAUGACAUACUAGAUAAGUUAUCAGGCUCUAAGUAUUUUUCUAAAUUUGACUGUAGCAGUGGGUUUUGGACAGUACAACUUGACUCAGAAAGUUCAAAGUUAUGCACAUUUUCUACUCCAUUUGGUAACUACUCCUAUAAACGAUUGCCAUUUGGACUUUCUGUGUCAACAGAAGCGUUUCAGGAACGCAUGGAAGAGACUUUUAGUGAUAUUGAUAAUGUACAAUUUUAUGUCGAUGAUUUAAUAAUUUAUGCCAGCACGGUGGAAGAACAUAAUAAAGUGUUACUAAAUGUAUUGAAAAGAGCUCAAGAAUGUAAUGUCAAAUUCAAUAGGGAGAAGUCCCAAGUUCUGUGUAGAGAAAUUUCAUUUCUUGGCAUGAUUGUAAGUGACCAAGGGGUUAAACCUGAUCCAAUUAAAGUAAUGGCCAUUUCCGAAUUAAAAUGCAUUCAUGAUAAGAAAGAACUUGAACGAUUUUUAGGAAUG